AUGAACGGCAACAAUUCUGACUUAACUAUUAAUAGUGCUACCUCCACUCCUCCAAGUAUUGCUCCACCCAGUGUUAAGAAAAUUAGUGGUAAAAGAAGAGAAUAUUACAAACGGUCUUUAACUUAUUCCGUAUUAUUGGUCGGUACUGAUGGUGUUGGUAAAACAACUUUUGCAAAUAAUUUGUUGGAAACUUCUGUUUUCAAGCACCAGUAUGGUGGUAGUACUUCGAAUGUGAAUAAUGUUACGAAUUCUGAAUAUGUUAGAAUCACUCGUCCGGCCAAGAAUGUGUUAUUUACCGGAACGAAUUUAAUUAAGGAUGAAUACGGAUCCUUUGAUGCAAGUAUAGCCGACCAAACACCAGGAUUUUCCGUAUGUAGCACUACUGUUGAAAUUGACACACCCAGUUCCGGACCUUCUUCGGAUGCUAAUGACGAAGUUUUAGUCCUAAAUUUAUUAAUGACUCGGGGAUUAGGUAUGAAUUUGGAUAAUGAUUUUUGUUUUGACGAAAUUUGUAAAUUCCUAGAGCAACAAUUUGAUUUAGUACUAGCUGAAGAGACAAGAAUCAGAAGAAACCCCAAGUUUGAAGAUACAAGGAUCCAUGUCGUUUUAUAUUUUAUUGAACCUACUGGACAUGGUUUAAAAGAGUUAGAUGUAGUUACUAUGAAAAAAUUAAGCAAAUAUAGCAAUGUACUCCCUAUCAUUGCGAAGGCUGAUAGUCUAACGCCAAAAGAACUACAAAAAUUUAAAACCAAUAUUGUUCGUGAUUUGGAAACUUAUAACGUACCCGUCUAUAAAUUUUUCACCGACGGUGGUGAUAAUGGAUAUGAAUAUAGCGAGGAUGUUAAUGAUGAUGAUGUUGAUGAUUUAGAGACCUUGGAAGAAAACAAGCAUUUGCAAAAUUUGCAACCAUUUGCUAUCAUUUGUUCUGAUUUGUAUGAUUCCUCAAUGAAGGGAUACUAUAGAGAAUAUUCAUGGGCUGAUCACAAAAUCAAAGUUGACGAUCCUCACGUCAGUGAUUUAUCUUUAUUGAAAAAAGUCUUGUUUGGUUCACAUUUACAGGAUUUCAAGGAUACCACUGCUAAUUUCUUGUAUGAAAAUUAUAGAUCAGAAAGAUUGUCUUCAACCAUAACACGUAAGAAGAAACUUGCCAAUGGAGAUGGGCAUGAUACUGGUUUAGUAUCAAAAAAGGUAGAGGAGCGAAGCCUAGCUACUGCAGGUACAGUGCCAGAAAAUGACAUUAACACUCGUCCACAAUCCGAGGCACCAAGUUUAAGUAAUUUUCAACAUUUGGUUUUACAGAGCCACACUAAAUUAGGAGAAGAUGACCAAUCGGUCUCAAUAGAAGUGGAGUCUGGUGUGGAUUCUAGCAUUAAUAGUAGGCCAGAUAAGUCUCAAUUGAGAGAUAUUUCUCAAACGUUGCCGUACGUUUUGCAACAUGAGCGUAUCUUGUCCAAAAAACAAAGGCUACAGGAAUUGGAAGAAAACAGUGCACGUGAAUUACAACGGAAGAUAGAAGAACUAGAAAAUAAAGCUGCUGCUUUGAAGAAAAGAGAAAAGUUAUUAGCAUCUAUCAAGCAAGAAAAAUGA